AUGUCGAUCCCCGGCUCAAAACCGAAACUGCCCGUCGCCGUCGAGAAGCCGACCCCGUACACCUUCGACCUCGGCUACCUCCUCGCCGAGGACCCCAACACCAUCACCCUCGACCGCGCCUCCCUCGAGCAGUCCCUCGCCGCCGUCGCCCGCGACGGCGCCCAAUCCCUCGUCAACCAGCUCCUCACCACCUGCGCGCCGCGCUCCACCCGCGACGGCGUGCUGCUCACGCUGCCCGCGCCCUCCACGCGCCUCCCGCGCGAGAAGCCCGUGCCGCAGGUGCGCCCGCCCACGCGCUGGGAGCGCUUCGCCGCCAAGAAGGGCAUCGCGCCCAAGACGCGCGAGCAGCGCCGCAACCUGACCUACGACGAGGCCACGGGCGAGUGGGUGAAGAAGUGGGGGUACAAGGGCCUGAACAAGAAGGGCGAGGACGGGUGGCUGGUGGAGGUGGACGCGGAGGCGGAGGCGAAGCGCAAGGAGGGCACGAGCGUGCGGGGGGACGGGCGGAGGGAGCGCAAGGAGAGGGUGCGCAGGAACGAGCGCAAGAUGCGCAAGAACAUGCGCGACGCCGACGAGAGCGCCAAGCUGAAGAAGUGA